AUGAAUUUGAAUAAUUUUACUUCCAUUAGGAAGAAGAUUUUUUCUCCUACUGGCCUGUGUAUCGCAUUCAUUUCUGGGUAUAUGUACAUGUUAAUGGAAUAUGUAAAACUUGAAUAUCGUGUAUAUAAAGAGAAGAGACAAAUUAUUAAAGAUGAUUCCGAUCCCACUAAACUAAAUUUACUCUUUAUUGAACACUUAGCUCAAAAGAAGAAAUAA